AUGAGCGGGUAUUUGACGCGAAUCGUGGCCCGAGGCGGAAUGGAGCUGUCACGGCGAAUACUCGGCAUCCAGCACACGCCACUUCACGAGCCUGUCGCCAAUUUCAAGGUCAAAACGAGGCUGAAGCUCCGCUGCCGUCACUGCUAUUUCCUGCGCGUCGAGGGGCGACUCCACGUCGAGUGCAAUGAACAUCCCCGGCACAAGCAGCGCGAAGUGUUCGAUGUCAAACUGUUGUGG